CCCUCCUCCCCUCCCACCAUCACCACAACAACCACCACCCCUAAGUCUUUCUCCAGUCCUCUCCUCACUUCUUUUAAACUCUGUGGAUGUUCCCAGCUGGAUGGAACACAGCUGUGUACUGGAGGCAGCCUGGUGAGAGUGGUGAGGAGCUAAAUGUCCAUCUUCUGAAAGCAGGAUGCUCAGGCCAGGCACUCCAGUCAUUCUGUUCCACCUCUUUAGCUUCUUUACCCAGAGAGAAGCUCUUUCUCAAGAGAUCAUGUACCCCUAUGGGCCCGUCCACCGAGAUCUGGAGACACCCAAGAUGGAUGAUGGAAGUUCCACUGAAAUAAUUAUACUCAUGCCAUUCAUUUUCUUUAAUAACCCCUAUCGCUCAAUCUAUGUCAACAACAACGGUGUGAUCUCCUUCAACGUGCAGGUGAGCCAGUUCACCCCCGAGGCCUUCCCGCUGAGUGACAGCAGAUCCUUCAUCGCCCCACUAUGGGCUGACGUGCACAACGGCAUCCGCGGAGACGUGUACUACCGCGAGAGCACAGACCCAGAAUUACUGGAGCGGGCCUCACAAGACAUCCGCAAGUACUUCAAGAACAUGCCCACCUUCACAGCCACCUGGGUCUUCAUCACAACCUGGCACCAGGUCACCUUCUACGGAGGCAGUCAGACCACCCCGGUUAACACGUUUCAGGCUGUAUUGAUAUCAGAUGGUCUGUCAUGCUUUUCCAUGUUCAACUAUGGAGAGAUCAACUGGAGCACAGGCACUGCCAGUGGAGGAGACCCUCUGACUGGUUUAGGUGGAACCACAGCACAGUCAGGUUUUAAUGGAGGAGACAUUGGUCACUUCCUCAACCUGCCUGGGUCCCGCUCCAAUGACGUGGUUGAAAUCGAGCAGACGACCAAUGUUAACCUGCCUGGCCGCUGGGUCUUCCGUAUAGACACUGCCCUGAUAGACCCAGCCAAUGGUUGCAGUUACAAUGGGCGGUUCUAUCGCCGCGGCGAGAUCUUCUGGCUGUCUGACCAGUGCUCCCAGCGGUGCCGCUGCCUAGACAUGGACAACGAGGUGCUCUGUCAGGAGGCGCCAUGCGGCCAGCUGGAAACAUGCGAGCAGCAGGAGGGUGCAUUCUACUGCCAGCCCACGCGCACCAGCACCUGCGUGGUCUUCGGUGACCCACACUACCAUACCUUUGACGGCUUCCUCUACCACUUCCAGGGCACCUGCUCCUAUUUGCUGGCACGGCCAUGCUGGGAGGUGGCUGGCUUGCCCUUCUUCAGCGUGGAGGCAAAGAACGAGAACCGCGGCGUGGCCUCCGUAUCCUGGUUGAGGGACGUCACUGUGGAGGUGUACGGCCACCGCGUCACCCUGCCUAAGGGCAGCCAGGGCACUGUACAGGUGGAUGGGCUGGUAAAGACACUGCCAGUCCAACUCCAGCUGGGUGCGGUCAGGGUGUACCAGUCAGGUGUUGCUGUCGCCCUGGAGACCGACUUUGGCCUCCUGGUGUCUUACGACGGGCAGCACUAUGCCUCUAUCUCCCUGCCCAGCUCCUACUUCAACAACACAUGCGGCCUGUGUGGUAACUAUAACGACGACCCUGCCGACGACCCCGUGCUGCCCGACGGCUCGCUGGCCGAGAGUGUGGUGGAGCUAGGUGGCAGCUGGCGGGCAGAGGACGCUGACUGGCGCUGCACGGAUGGCUGCGCCCAGAACUGCAGUAUCUGUGACCCGUUGACCGAGGCGUUCUACUUCCGCCCGGACUACUGUGGACUCAUCAACAAGACAGACGGGCCUUUCAGGGACUGCAGAGCAGUGGUGGACCCCACGGCCUUCGUCUAUAGUUGUGUCUACGACAUGUGCAGUAACAGGGACAACAUUACCACCCUCUGUCAGGCCAUCCAGGCCUAUGCCUUAGCCUGCCAAGCCCUGGGGGUCACUAUACGACCCUGGAGGUCACGCACCUUCUGUGCCCUGACAUGCCCUGAGUCCAGCCACUACCAGGUGUGCACCAGUGCCUGCCCGGCCUCCUGCUCAGACCUCACCGCUCACCUGUACUGUGCCCACCCGUGCACCGAGGGCUGCCAGUGCGACCAGGGCUACGUGCUGAGUGGCAGCCGUUGUGUCCGGCGGCAGGACUGCGGCUGCGAGCGGGACGGCCUAUACUACCCCCUCAACGACACUUUCUGGGUGGGCCCCACUGGCGAGGCCAGAGAGUGUACCCUGCGCUGUGUCUGUGGGCCCAAUGGCGAAGUCUCUUGCUUCAACGACUCGUGUAGAGAAGGCGAGGUGUGUGUGGCGGAGGUCGGCCUGUUGGGUUGUUACCCCCGCAGGGAGGGAGUGUGUUCUCUGGGCCAGAAUGUUGUGACAGCCUCUUUCGACGGGGCCUCCAUGCUCUUUCCGGACGACAGCUCCUACUACCUGCUGAGGUCGUGCGGGCCGACGCCAGCCAACGUAUCGGCUGUGGAGGUGAAGAUGGGCCGGCGGUUGGUGAACAAGGGUCCGGCCUGGAUGAGGCCCGUGGUGGUCAGGGUGGCCAACCUGGAGGCCCAGAUGGGUGGAUCAGACUUUGACACAGUGAAGCUGAACGGUGAGCCGGUACUACUACCUUAUAUCCACCCUCUGGAGACCCUGAUGAUCUACCGCGCCCCGGGCAACGCCACCGUGGUGGAGUCCAGCGGAUUGGUCCUAGUCCGCUACACCCGCCAGGGCUUCCUCAACAUCUCCCUCUCUACCCUCUUUUACAACGCCACCUGUGGCCUGUGCGGCCUCUUCAACGGAAAUGCCAGUGACGACCUCCGUCUACCCAACGGCCGUCUGGCCGAAUCCCCCGAACUCUUUACCGAAGGCUGGCGGGCCAUCGCCGACGACCUGACAUGUAACGGCGAUUGCGACGACCUGUACCGCAUGUGCACGGACCUGCGGCUCUACCAGAGCCCAUGGAUGUGCGGCAACAUCAACGACCCGGGGAACAGCUCAUUCCUGGCGUGCCACGGUGCUGUCAACCCCUCGCCGUUCUUCCGGAACUGCCUGUACAACAUGUGCGUGCGGGAGGGAAACCGCUCGGCGCUCUGCUCUUCGCUGCAGGCGUAUGCCUCAGCCUGUCAGGACGCCCAGGUGGGCCUUGCCGCCUGGAGGAGUGCUACCAAUUGCCCCUUGCCCUGUCCGGAGAACAGUCACUUCGAUGAGUGCACUAGCGCAUGCCAGCUGACCUGCGCCGGCCUUGACGAGCUCGACGAGCCGUGCCCACUGCCCUGCCAGGAGGGUUGUCAGUGCGAGGAGGGCUUUGCGCUGCGUGAUGGCCAGUGCGUGGCACGCAGUGACUGCGGCUGCCUCGAUCUUGGCAGCCGGCAGCUGACCACCAACCAAACCUUCUGGACCGACUGGGAGUGCAAAGAGCGCUGCUACUGCAACGGCUCGGACAACAGCGUCUACUGCACGCUGGCACCAUGCGGGGAGGGCGAGUACUGCCAGGAGGGCCUUGAGGGCCUCUACUUCUGCCAGCCGCGCACCGAGGCGCUAUGCGUUGCCGCCGGUUACAGCCACUUCCUUCCGUUCGGUGGUGUGCCCUUCGAGCUACAGAGCAGCUGUACCUUGAGGCUGGCUACAACGGCGUGCAACGGCGGGGUGGUGGGGGAGGAUGAUGGGGAUCAGAGCCCCGACACCCAGCCUGGGACGAGCAGCAGCGCCACCUUCCCUCACUUCAAGCUGUCAGCCCGGAACGAGGAGAGGGACACGGGGCAGGCCAUCUGGGUGAGAGGGUUCGUCUUGGAAGUCUACGGCUAUGAGAUUGAGGUGUCUCGGAGCUACAAACACACCAUCACGGUGAAUAAGGAGCGUCUAUACCUGCCUCUGAAGCUGGGACCAGGGAAGGUCCACAUCUUCACCUUCGGCAUGCAGCUGGUGUUGGAGACGGACUUUGGCCUGAAGGUAGCCUUCGACUGGAACACCCUGCUCCUGCUCACGCUGCCCAGACGCCUCUACAACGCAACCUGCGGCCUGUGCCAGGGCAUGCCACUCUCCUCUCCGCCCACCUUCACCACCAACGACUGGGGUAUGGCCUGGGCCGAUCGGGACACCUUCUGCCAGGUAGGGUGCGGCGACUCGUGCCCACGUUGCGGAUUGGUCGAGAGAGGCCUCGGCGCCGUCGACGCCCCUCUCCUUGUCACAGAUGCCAACGUGGAAGGCGGGGCCCAAAAUGUCGAGGGAGGAGGCAUCAAUGUUGAAGGCGGGGGCUACACGGGAAUCCGAUUCCACCUGGGUGACGGGCUGUACGUGUUUGUGGAGCCCGAGGCAGUGCGUCUGUGCGGGCUGAUCGCGGACCGCGGUGGUGUGUUUGCACGCUGUCACAGCAAGGUGGCGCCAGCGUUCUUUUACCAGAGCUGUCUGCAGGACACGUGCCUGGACCAGGGUGCCCCAGAAACUAUUUGCAACUGGCUGCAGAUCUACACCAGCACAUGCCAGACCCAGGGGGUGCGCGUGUUAGGCUGGAGAAGUGACACGCCCUGUGUGCUGACGUGCCCAGCCAACAGCCACUACUCUGGUUGCAUGUCAGUGUGCCAGCCGCAGUGUGCCCCAGCCCGAGGCCAGAGGGAGUGCACCCAGGACUGUGUGGAGGGCUGUCAGUGUGACCAGGGCUACGUCCUCAACGGCAAAGGCUGCAUCCUGCCCCAGAACUGUGGAUGCUACACGGACGGCAAGUACUAUGAGCCCAAACAGCUAUUCUGGAAUGGCGACUGCACCAAGCGCUGCCAGUGCAUCGGCCGCAACCUCAUCCAGUGCGACCCGCGCCGCUGCAAGGCCGAGGAGGAGUGUGCCCUGCACCAUGGUGUGCGCGGCUGCUUUGCCCGGCGCUCGCAGCACUGCGUGGCAUCCGGCGGCGGCGUCUUCAGGACCUUUGACGGGGCGUCCUUGCGCCUGCCUGCCUCCUGCUCCUUCGUGCUGUCCACCAACUGCCACAAGCUACCUGACCUCUCCUUCCAGCUCAUCGCCAACUUCGACAAGUGGAGCACGCCAAACCUCACCACUAUCUCCCACGCAUACCUCUAUAUCAACGAGGAGAAUAUACUGAUCUCCGGGAGCACUGUGAAAGUGAACGGCACGCCCGUAUCGGUGCCAUUCGUCACGGGUUUAAUGACACGCGUCUCCACGUCGGAGGGCUUCCUGGUCAUUGACACACCACAGGACAUCCAGGUGCGCUACAACCGCUUCAACACGCUUAGUAUCACCAUGGGCCAGCGGCUGCAAAACAAGGUGUGUGGCCUUUGUGGCAACUUCAACGGAGACCCCACUGACGACUACAUCACCUCCCGCGGGAAGCCAGCCGUCAGCGCCCUGGAGCUGGCCCAGAGCUGGAAGACCAACGGCAUGCAGAACAGCUGUGACGAGACCCAGUACGUGGCACUGGCCCAGUCGUGCGAGAACACGGCCGUGCUUGGCCUCCAGGGCGAGGAGGGGUGCCAGAAGCUCACCCAAAUGAAGGGCUUCUUCCAGCCCUGCCACGGCCUGCUGGACCCCAGGCCAUUCUACCAGUCCUGCUACCUGGACGGCUGCUACAACCACCGCAAGGCCCAGGUGUGCGGCUCGCUCGCUGCCUACGGCGAGGCCUGCCGCUCCCUGGGCACGCUCACCACAAAAUGGAUCGCGCAGGAGAACUGCUCAGAAUGGAUCUACGACCCCUGUGCAGGAGAGAUCUGCACCAACAACACGUGUGAGCAGGAAAACGGGGGAGACCUGUGUGGCUGCCCCGAGCUACCCAACAACGCUGGGGACGAGGAUGACAUCAUCCAGGCAGAGGUGACGUGUAAGCACGCCCAGAUGGAGGUGUCCAUCUCCAAGUGUAAGCUCUUCCAGCUGGGCUUCGAGCGUGAGGAUGUGAGGAUCAACGACCAGCACUGCCCCGGCAUCGAGGGAGAGGACUUCAUCUCCUUUCACAUCAACAACACUAAGGGCCAUUGCGGCUCCAUCGUACAGUCCAACAGCACACACAUCAUGUACAAGAACACGGUGUGGAUUGAGAGCGUGAACAACACUGGCAACAUCAUUACCAGGGACAAGACAAUCAACGUGGAGUUUUCCUGCGCCUACGAGCUGGACCUCAAGAUAUCUCUGGAGACCGUGCUUAGGCCCAUGCUCAGUGUGAUCAACCUCACCCUCCCCACCCAGGAGGGUAACUUCAUCACUAAGAUGGCACUGUACAAGAACUCGUCAUACCACCAGCCGUACCGCGAGGGCGAGGUGGUGCUGAGCACGCGGGACAUCCUCUUCGUGGGGGUGUUUGUGGAGGGGGCCGACGAGAAUCAGCUCAUCCUUAUCGUCAAUAUGUGCUGGGCCACGCCGUCCCGCUACAGCAGCGACCGGCUCCGCUACAUCAUCAUAGAAAGAGGUUGUCCCAACAUCAAGGAUAACACCAUAGGCAUGGCUGAGAACGGGGUGUCCCUCACUUGCCGCUUCCACGUCACAGUCUUCAAGUUCAUUGGGGACUAUGACGAGGUCCACCUCCACUGUGACGUGUCGCUGUGUGACCACGAGAUCAAUGCCUGCAAAGUGAACUGUCCCCACAACAGGAGGAUGUACACAGACUACAGCGAUCACAAGGAGCAGAUCCUCACUGUAGGACCCAUCAGAAGGAGAGAGUCGGACUGGUGUGAGGUGGGGAACGGGGGCUGUGAGCAGAUCUGCACCAGUAAAGGGAUGGGAGCUGUGUGUAGCUGUGUGACUGGGAUGCUGCAGAGGGACGGAAAGAGCUGUAGAGCUUGCUUGUUCCAGUUCACGCCAAUGCCCAGCUACUUCGCACAGCCAUUGAAGAGGAGUGGGACACCAUUCCACAGGCCACAAUCAACAGCCUGAUCAACUCACGCUGCAUGAGGCAAAUGGUGGUCACACCAGAUACUGACUGGUUUUCUGAUCCACGCCCCUACUUUAUUUAUUUAUUAAGGUAUCUGUGACAAACAGCUGCAUAUCUGUAUUCCCAGCCAUGUGAAAUCCAU